AUUUCUUAGUGUACUCGAUCAAGACGACUCGGAGCGGAUAGAAAUUGCACGAUGGAAUAUUUGAGCUUCAAUUUGUCAAGCAAAUCACUUGAUUUAAAAAAACGGGAUAUUCUUCCUAAACCAGCGGCAAACGAAGUCCGAAUUAAAGUCGCGUAUUCUGGAAUUUGUGGAACGGAUCUUCAUGUUUUGGAAGGAAGCUUUCCAUGUAAAGAAGAUGGAUCUCUGACUCUUGGACACGAGUUUGUAGGUACUAUCGAUGAACUUGGAUCAGAAGUGACUAUUUAUAAAAUUGGUCAACGUGUCGCUGUCGAUCCCAACAGUGGAUGCAACAAAUGCAAUGAUUGUCACAGUGCGAAUUAUCAUUUUUGUACCCACGGUGGUAUAAAUAAUACUAUAGGAAUUUUUAGAGAUGGUGGAUGGGCUACGCACGCUGUUGUUCCAGAAACACAGGUAUACUUAAUCCCGGAUGAAAUUGAAAUGCGCCACGCAGUGCUUAGUGAGCCGUUGUCAUGCAUGGCUCACGGCUGGGACAAAAUCAAUCCUGUAAAUAUAGGAAGCAAGGUUCUCGUAAUAGGCGCCGGUAUCAUAGGUUUAUUGUGGGCCUCUCUAUUUCAUUUGCACGGUCUCAGAAAAACUGUCACUAUCAGUGAACCGCAACAAAAACGAAAAAUUCUUGCCUCUAAUCUUGGUCUCGAUUAUAAAGUUAAAAGUCCGACGGAAUUGAAAGAAGAUUUUGACUUGGCUGUGGAUUGUAGCGGCAGUGCUCCAGCCAUGGAAUUGGCCAUGUCUUUGCUAAAUUCCGGUGGUCGUUUAUGCGUAUUCGGUGUUGCUAAUCCAAAAGCAAAACUAUCGAUUGAACCAUUUCAGAUUUACAAAAAGGAGUUGAGCAUUAUAGGCGUGAUUAUAAAUCCCUACUGUUUUCCUAAAGGAUUAGCUUUGGUGCAAUCGUUGUCUGAAAGACAUCUUGAUUACAAUAAAUUAGGAAUCAAGAUAUUUUCUUUGUCCCAAUAUAAAGAAGCUCUCGAUGCAUUGAAGAAGGGAGACAUAAGCAAGGCUGUUUUCAAGUUUUGAAACCAAGUUUUUGCAUGUAUAUAUGUAGCAAAAAAAGACAAGGAAUAUUUUCUUUUUAUAAAAUUUUAUUGCUUGUUCCAUACAUAAAUUUGGCUGAAUAUGUAAAUGCAUGGAGUUUUAAGUAAUAAAAUGCGAUAUCGUAGUACAAACGAA